GUUCCGAACGCGCGGAACAGAGGCGCGGGCGGCUGAGAGGCCGGCGGACGCACCCGCCCGAGGGAGCCCGCCGCCGGCCGGACUUGGCCUCGCUCCCGGAGCCGGGCGGCAGUCGCGGCGGCUCAGCCUGGCUGGAGGCGCUGGGCCCGCUUGAGCGGCGGCGGCAGCGAUCGGAGCGGCGCGAUCGGGGCGGCGGCGGGGAACGGGCUCCGGGCGCCAGGCAUCGGGCGGGCGCCGGGGCGCGGCGCGGCGGGGAAGAUGACCGUGGGCUCCGGCGUGCUCCUCGUGCUGCUCUCGCUCUCCGGCGCGCUCCGGGCCCACAAUGGAGAUCUUACAGCCAGGGAGACCUGCAAAGCUGGAUUCUCUGAAGAAGAUUACACGGCAUUAAUCUCCCAAAAUAUUCUGGAAGGAGAGAAGGUCCUCAAAGUCAAGUUCAGCAGCUGCCUGGGGACCAAGGGGACACACUAUGAGACCGACAGCAUGGACUUCAAAGUCGGGGCUGACGGGACGGUCUUCGCCACCCGGGAGCUGCAGAUCCCCUCCGAGCAGGUGGCCUUCACCGUGACCGCGUGGGACCGCCAGACGGCCGAGCGCUGGGACGCCGUGGUACGGCUGCUGGUGGCCCAGACCUCACCCACGCGCUCCGGACACAAGAAAGGAAAGAAGAGUGCACCCCUGGACCCUGUCCAGCCGCCAAAUGACACACUGUUGCCGUGGCCACAGCAUCAGAGCUCCAAUGGGCUGAGGCGGCAGAAACGGGACUGGGUCAUCCCGCCCAUCAACGUGCCGGAAAACUCCCGCGGGCCCUUCCCACAGCAGCUGGUGAGGAUCCGGUCCGACAAAGACAGCGACAUCCCCAUCCGCUACAGCAUCACGGGCGUGGGCGCCGACCAGCCCCCGGUGGAGGUCUUCAGCAUCGACUCCAUGUCUGGCCGGAUGUAUGUCACACGGCCCAUGGACCGGGAGGAGCGAGCCUCCUACCACCUCCGAGCCCACGCCGUGGACAUGAAUGGCAACAAGGUGGAGAACCCCAUCGACCUGUACAUCUACGUAAUUGACAUGAACGACAACCGCCCCGAGUUCCUCAGCCAGCUGUACAACGGCUCCGUGGACGAAGGCUCCAGGCCAGGCACCUACGUGAUGACGGUCACAGCCAGCGACGCUGACGAUGGCACCACGGCCAAUGGGAUGGUGCGCUACCGAAUCAUGACUCAGACCCCGCAGAGCCCCUCCCAGAACAUGUUCACCAUCAACAGCGAGACAGGGGACAUCGUGACAGUGGCGGCCGGCCUGGACCGAGAGAAAGUUCAGCAGUACACAGUCAUUGUUCAAGCGACAGACAUGGAAGGAAACCUGAACUAUGGCCUGUCCAACACGGCCACAGCCAUCAUCACGGUGACAGACGUGAACGACAACCCGCCAGAGUUCACUGCCAGCACGUACGCAGGGGAAGUCCCCGAAAACCGGGUGGAGAUGGUGGUCGCAAACCUCACUGUGAUGGACCGAGAUCAGCCCCACUCCCCGAACUGGAACGCUGUCUACCGCAUCAUCAGCGGGGACCCCUCGGGCCACUUCAGCGUCCGCACGGACCCCGUCACCAACGAGGGCAUGGUCACCGUGGUGAAGGCGGUCGACUAUGAGCUGAACAGAGCGUUCAUGCUGACCGUGAUGGUGUCCAACCAGGCGCCCCUGGCCAGCGGGAUCCAGAUGUCCUUCCAGUCCACGGCAGGGGUGACCAUCUCAGUCAUGGACAUCAACGAGGCCCCCUACUUCCCCUCGAACCACAAGCUGAUCCGCCUGGAGGAGGGCGUGCCCACCGGCACCGUGCUAACCACAUUUUCAGCAGUGGACCCUGACCGGUUCAUGCAGCAGGCCGUGAGAUACUCAAAGCUGUCGGACCCAGCGAACUGGCUGCACAUUAAUGCCACCAACGGUCAGAUCAGCACGGCGGCCGUCCUCGACCGCGAGUCUCUCUACGUCAAAAACAACGCCUAUGAGGCCACCUUCCUGGCAGCUGACAACGGGAUCCCUCCGGCCAGCGGCACCGGGACCCUCCAGAUCUAUCUCAUCGACAUCAAUGACAACGCCCCCGAGCUGCUGCCCAAGGAGGCGCAGAUCUGCGAGAAGCCCAGCCUGAACACCAUCAACAUCACGGCGGCUGACGCGGACGUCGACCCCAACAUCGGCCCCUACGUCUUCGAGCUGCCCUUCGUUCCAGCGAGCGUGCGGAAGAACUGGACCAUCACCCGCCUCAAUGGUGACUACGCCCAGCUCAGCCUGCGCACCCUGUACCUGGAGGCCGGAGUGUACGACGUCCCCAUCGUCGUCACGGACUCGGGGAACCCGCCCCUGUCCAAUACGUCCAUCAUCAAAGUCAAGGUGUGCCCGUGCGACGAGAAUGGCGACUGCACCACCGUGGGCGCGGUGGCAGCAGCCGGGCUGGGCACGGGCGCCAUCGUGGCCAUCCUCGGCUGCAUCGUCGUCCUGCUCACCAUGGUCCUGCUGUUCGUCGUGUGGAGGAGGCGGCGGGAGAAGGAGCGGCACACGAAGCAGCUGCUCAUCGACCCCGAGGACGACGUGCGCGACAACAUCCUCAAGUACGACGAGGAAGGAGGCGGCGAGGAGGACCAGGACUACGACCUCAGCCAGCUGCAGCAGCCGGAGGCCAUGGAGCAUGUGCUGAGCAAGGCCCCCGGGGUGCGGCGGGUGGACGAGCGGCCGGUGGGCGCCGAGCCCCAGUACCCGGCCAGGCCGGUGGUGCCCCACCCAGGAGACAUCGGGGACUUCAUCAGCGAGGGACUCCGCGCAGCCGACAACGACCCCACGGCGCCGCCCUAUGACUCGCUGCUGGUCUUCGACUACGAGGGCAGCGGGUCCACCGCGGGCUCCGUCAGCUCCCUGGACUCAUCCAGCUCCGGGGACCAGGACUACGAAUACCUGAACGACUGGGGGCCCAGGUUCAGGAAGCUGGCGGACAUGUACGGAGGCGGCCAGGAGGACUAAGCGGCCCCGCCCCAGACGAGGCGAGAGCAGCGCUCGGACGUACGGGAGCAGACAGCGGGCCUUCCCGACUCCCGCGGCCACGCCACUCGGCGGUGUGUGAGGGGUCCCCGCCCGCCCCUCGCACUGAGCUGUCUGGCACGAACACUUGUCAGCCCGCAGCCGCCCCCAGCGCGGUAGCUGACUCGACACUAAGGAGAGCAGAGGCACUGUCUGAACCUGAAUUUCCUAGGACAGAAGCACUGUUUAAAACAAAAUGAAAGUGCCUUUUGGUACAUGUCAGAUUCCCUCACACUCAGGAGCGUCCCCCCAGCCAGUCCUGAGCGCCCCCAACCCCGGCCAGUCCCAGCUCUGAAGUCACGAAUUAAGGAAUUGGGGAGAAUGUGUCCUUUUUUUCGAUCUCCUAUCAAGAAAAAAAGUGGGUGACGCACCUGACAAAAUUGACAAUUUGGGGUCCAAACGCCAUAAGCCUUGAGUGCUCACACUUUGCUUGCACAGUUGGGGUCUCCUGGGCCACCUGGGGGUCCCCGAGGCCGGAGGCCCCACCUUCAGCUCCUGCAGCAGCGAGUCCGCCUGGGGCAGGCCAAGCCGGUGGACCAAAGGCCCGCUGUACAGCUGGGCUUCCACAGAAGUGUGCCGCCCCCGACUCCCAGAUGCUGGAAAUAGCUGGGCAGCUGCGGUUCCCAGGGGCUGUCCCUGAUGCUCCCCCAUCUCUGCCCUUGGCCACCCCCAGGGCCCCCCAAUCAUGAGGCCUCCCCCAGGGCCAACUGUGACCCUGAAUGCCACCCAGGUCCCCACUGCCUUUGGUCCAGGAGAGUACGGUGUCCCAGGAAACCACAAGCAAAACCGGCCCGACGGACACUCACCAGUCCAAACCCCCGAAGGCUCUGGACGCCUCUGGCCACCGGCGGGGCGUGCGGACUGCAGGGAGAGCCGAUUCUCACCGGGGUCCCAGGAGGCUGGAGACGACUGGGGGGACUGGCGGGCUCCUCCCUGCCCUGCUCCUCUGGACCAGAGUUUCUGAUGCUCGUGAGCUGAUGUGGACGGCUAAGGUCGGCUCCGAAUGCCGGGACAGCACCGUCGUCGCUGUGCCAUCUGUCCCACACGUGCGUCUCACCGCAUCCGCCAGAAACAGUCUCCUUUCCUUUGGACCCGUGGCAGCAGCCAGCAGCUGCAGGGCCAGGUAGCUGCUUGAGCUCUCAGAACUGGCCGUGCCUCCUGCGGGGCAGUCUGACUCCCAAGCCAGACUCCAGAGUCAGCUCCACAGUGCAGCAAGGAGCCCCCUGCUGUGUCUGUCCGCGGCUGCGUGAGAAGAGGCGCUGGGGCAGCCCUUCGCCCAGCAUCUCCCAGGGACCUCCAUUCUGGGUGUGAAGGCGCCUCAGGCCGGCAGGAGAGCCACCUCCUGGGGGAUCCUUGCCUGCUCUCGGGCUCCCCAGGGAGGGGCCUGGGCUGCCACUGGCCCCGGGCAGGACUUGGUGUCGGAGCCCCACCUCACACCUGCUCCUGGGGCCAGGGGAGGCCUCAGGAGGGCGGGGGCGGGGUUUCACACGCUCCCCAUGCCCUCCGUCGGGGGGUCUCUCUCCGAUCCACUCCCCA